AGAAAGAGAUGGAGACAGAUGGUGAGAAUGUGACAGAGAGAUACAGAGAAUGCUGCUUACUCAACGUAAUUGAAUAUUAUUCACAUUUAAUUAAUUGUCUCAAUUUCAAAAAGGCGACAAAUUGUAUGUUAUUCCUUUUGAUGGUGAUGCCUGAAAUAUUGAAGCUCCGUGCAUAGUGCACAUAUGUGCAUCAAUACGAAAUUUUGAUUUUUCAAUUUAUCAGCUCAUUUCCAAGAAUGUUUGAUGAUUCUAUCACAUACAACACCAGAUAAUGCAUAUUCAGUUCAAUGUGACAAACUAAUGACGCGAAAACAUCAAGAGUGAGGGAACAAAAUGAGAAGAAAAAAAAAUUAUCCCACAUUCAUAAACAAAUACCUUCGACGAAGCAAAACGAUUGAAACGAAAACACAAUAAAAAAAAAAACAAACAAACGUAUAACGGCAAGAAAAGUGCAUAAAUAAUAAAAAUGGAUGGAAGCGAUCGGCUAUCGCAAAUCGGGGGAAGAACAUCAUUUACGUGUAUUUGUAUUAAGACACAAAUAACAAUAACAAGAACAACAACAGCAAACGCGACAACAACACCGACAACAACGGCCGCAAAAAGGGGCAUGAUCCCAAAAAUCAGAGGCAAAAACUUGCCUUGACAAGAUUGCCAUGCACACACACACACAUACACCGCAGCCGCAAUGUAUUUGUCAUUAUUGUUUUUUAAUUUUUUAUCGAUGUGACUUUGCCAUACACCGUGUCGUCGUUCACGCUUAUAGGAAACGAUCAAAAUUAUUACUGGGAAAUAAUUAUUACGCGCCUCUUUUCAUCGGAUCGAUCAGUGCACAAGAUAUGGCCGUGUUGACAUUGUGUUUACUUUGUUAUGAUUCAAAAAAAGAAGAGAAAAAAAAAUGCAGCAAAACUUGUUAUUUGUCUCUUUAUAUCAAAUCUAAAUAUUGGUUGCACCGACACCCGCUGCACAAUGAGUUAGAAAAGGAUGAACGGACGACAAAAAAAAAGCAGGCAACGAUUAAUUCCAUUAGUUCUGGUGUCGGCUAUAGAGCAUUGGUGAGUAUUUUCUCGAGCUGAAUAUUCAAGAAUAGACACAUACGUCUCUCUCUCUCUCUCUCUCUCUCUCUCUGUGUGUGUGUGUGUGUGUAUGGGACAGAGAGAAGAAAAAAAUAGACGUACGUGAUUGCAGUAACGAAAAUAACUCGUUUCAUAUGCAUUCCAAACUGAGAAUGGAAUUCCAUCGAAGCCUAACAUUUUGCUGACUGAGUCGGAUAAAUCCGAAAAUUCCCUGCAAACGAUUCACUUUGGCGAUAGUUAUUUAUUUUUUUUUCCACUGAAUCGUUUGUUUAGUCUCAGUAACCGUUUAUUUUUGUAAAUUGAAACGGGUGACCAAUCGAUGAUUCCAUUUAAUCAAUGAAUGACCAAGUAUUUUCGGGAUUGGUCAACUCAUUCUUAUCAUUAGAAUCAGACAAUUGGACGAAAAAAAGAAAACUAAUCAAUUUGGCUGCACACAUGUACUUCGUUGGAUAUUUUUCCUUCAUUUUUUUUUUCUUCUGUUCUUCGUUUCUCGGUUGAGUGUCAUAAUCGCACCACUGGCACACAAACAUGCAAAACAAUGUGCCAGUACCCACACAGAAAGGCUAAAACAGCCAGUUCAUGGAGAGAGAAAAAAAGUCGGCAAGAUUGUGACGUCAAUGCCUGAGAUAUCAGACGCUUGACGAGAGCGAAACAAACACGUACACACGGACAAAAAAGACUUGGGUCGAUUCGUGUGUCGGAUAAAGAACACACUCAACAUGUAGCCAAUCAGAAAACGGCUUGCGCUUCUGUAUUGGUGAAAUGAGUUGGUUAAUGUCGCCAUCAGCCCUCUUACUCGCACAUUCGUCCGUACUCUCUUUUGCAUCGUACAAAUAUGUUAAUUAUCUAUAUGGCUCCGUAUGUGCAUAUGUUUUCUACGGUGUUUGAACCAUGAAAUGCGAGAGCACUACGUGUCUUUGUGUGCAUACUACUCCAGACGCUCUUUCACGUGCGCUCUCUCUCUCUCUCUCUUGCUCGUUUUUCCUCUCUCCCGCGCUCACUUCAGCGCUCUUGCUCCGUGUGAUACGUGUUAUGCGGUGCGUAUAGCUAUAGACAUAGUGGAAUAUAUGAAUGAUCUAACGCACAAUCACAAUCAUACGGUGUAUCACGCGAGAUUGUGUCGCACAAGCGUAUUUCGGUUGAUUGUGUGUCAUACAGUAUAUAUGCAUAUACACUACUAUAGUACAUCGGAUUUAUUUCAUUUUUCGUUUCUCCUAUGCUUGUCUUUGUCCCAUUCACCUUGGAGCGAACGCGCCUUCUUUCUCACACAAUUGAUACACAUACUGAAUGUAAACUGUUGUUUUUUUUUCCUUUUCUUUUCUUUCAUCGCUUCUUAUAUCUUUUCGUUCGAUUCGAAAUCCGUUGUAUUGACUCCGUUGGCAAUGUUGAUUGUUUUGUCUGAUUGAAAGAAUUAAUUGCUGGCAAACAAAUGGAUCUGUACGAAAAUAGCGUAUUCUCAUUAAAUCCAUCGAUAAUAUCCCAUUUUAAAUCGUAUUGGACGAUUGGAAAAACGUGUAAAAACGAGCUCAUUUUUUGGUUCAAUAGAAUUGCUCAAUUUCGUAGUAAGAUUGCUACAUACAAAUGCAAUGGCCGUAUCCAUUGAAACAGUGAAUUCAAUGUACUGGCUGACGGUUUGGCAAUGUGUGCAUGCGUGUGUGUGUGUGUGUGUGUGUGUGUGUGUGUGUGUGUGUGCAUGUUGAUUUGUUGUUGUUUUUUCCUUCGUUCGAUUCGUCGCCUCUCAUCGGCUUAUAUACGUAUAGAUGUUGCCAUGGAAUGAUGUUAGGCUUUAAUUCAUAGAACUGUAAUUCAAAAUCUUUAUUGUGAAACACACAACUGCACGCGCAUGGAUUCGCACAAACGUCGAAAUAUCCGAUACUCUCUUCGUCUGAGAAACAUAUACACACACCACGCAUACUAUUGAGCUCUACAUUUGAGGAGAGAACUCGUCGUAUAAACGAGUCAUUUUAUACUCUCUCUCUCUAUCUCUCGCUAUAUACGUAUCGGUUUUUUUUGCGUCUGAUCUGUUUCUGUCUGUUUCGUGCACCAGGCGACGACUGUAUUCGCCGUCUCAUUUAUAUUGGAUACACUGUUGUUGUUGACGUCGUCGACGUCGACGACGUUUUAACAAAAUUCGUGUUUGCCCGUUCUCGCGCGUAGCAUUUUCUAGUGUGUAUAGUCGAUUGUCAAAUUGUGGACUGCGCAAAACAACGAAAAACGGUCUGUGCGCUGAUAAGCAGCACGAGAAUUCCUAUUAAAUCAAACGAAAAAUACAAAUUCGUGCCAACGACUGACGGUUGUGUGAAGCACUGCCCACCGACGAUUACGACUCUCUCGCAGCGCGCGCUAUAGUUUCUUUUUCUUCACUCGUUCGUUUCAUUCGUAUUAUUUUUUUCAUAUUGUGAGUAUAUAUAAUUAAAGUGCACAUGAAGUUGGUUUUUGACAUUCACAAUACAUUUUUCGAAGCGAUAAAAAGAACGUAAAACAAUCAGUCAACGUGAAACAUUCGAAACGGAAAGGAACAGAAGUACAAACACACAAUUUAUAUAUAUAUAUACAUCAAAUAUAUGUAUAAAUAUACGAAAAGAAGCGUAUAAAAGCGAAGAAAAAAGAAAAAAAAAGGAAAUCGAAUACAUCGCAUAAAUUUUUUUUCUUCUUCUCAUUAUCAAAUCAAGAAAUUGAUUUAGAACGCUGAAGUUUAUAAUCGUGUUAAAUAGUGGCUGCUGGUCGAUUCAACGAAUUACACCACAUACAGAGAGCCAAAAGCAAAUAAGCAAAAAAUCAGAGAAAGCACACACAAUCCGCUCCGUUGUGGAAACGAAAUUCAGUUUAAAAAAUUCGCCAAGUGUUGAAGUCGCAUGUUUGAGAGGAGACAAAUUUGAGAGCAAAAGAGGCGAAAAGGAAAGCAGCAGCAGCAGCAGUACCAGCACCAGCACCAACCAACCAAUAUAUAGCAGCGAACAUAUUUGGUUCGACGAGCAGUCACCUUUAGGAAAGGUCAUUACAUAACCAAAUUUUUUUUUCGUUUGUGUGGUGUUCGUUUAACCGAACCGUUACGGGUUGUUUGUGAAGGACAUUGCACAUAAAUAAAUUGAACCGAAGAAAAGUGCGGAAAAUUUACCAAUUUUCAAAUUACGUGUUUAACCAUUGAAAUUCAAAAGCGAAGUGAAAACACAUACACAAACGCACGUAGCCUGCCAAACAGUUGAGAGAAAAAAGAGAAGAAAGGAAAAAAUAACGCCAACGAAAAAAAAAUCGAAAUUGAAAGUCAAAGAAAAAAAUAAAAGAAAUAGUGUUGACAAAUUUCAUUCAUCAAAAAACAACUGAAUUGAAAAAAUCCGUUGCAUCAAGUUGAAUACUGUUUAUUUGGUGUGGUGUUUUGAAUAAGAAGAGAAAAAAAAUAAAUAGAAAUAAUAAUAAAUUGGUUCAUUGAAGAAGCAACGAAAGAAAAAAUAGUAAAAACGUAAGAGGCGAUUGACGAAAGCAGUUCAACAGAACCGAGAAUCAAAACCCAAGACACAUCAAAAUCAAUCGCGUACAAACCAGAAAGAAGUGUAAAACGUAUAUAUACAACAUAUAUAUCUACGCAUAACAAACGAAACGAAAACGAAGAAGAUACAAAUUAAAAAUAAAUCACACAGUCAGACUAACAGAGGAGCAAAAUGGGUACAAAAAAGGCUGAUGCAAAAUCGCAACAAAUCCGCGAUGAAUGUCAAGAAUUAAUAUUGACCGAUGAACACAUGCAAGAGCUGAUGAAACGUGUCAUUUUCGAAAUUGAACGCGGUCUGAGUGCAAAAACACACAAUGAAGCCGAUAUCAAAUGUUUUACCACAUAUGUUCAGGAUUUGCCAAAUGGCAGUGAAUGCGGCAAAUUUUUGGCAUUAGAUUUGGGCGGUACAAAUUUCCGUGUGCUCAUUAUUCAUUUAAAUGGUGAAAAUGAAUUUAAAAUGCAAUCGAAAAUCUAUGCGGUGCCACAGAGUAUAAUGUUGGGCAAGGGCGAAGAGCUAUUCGAUCACAUUGCCGAGUGUUUGGCCAAUUUUAUGAAAGAGAACAAUGUGUACAGUGAACGUUUGCCAUUAGGAUUCACAUUCUCAUUUCCAUUGCGGCAGCUUGGCUUAACGCGCGGCCUCCUAUCACAGUGGACAAAAGGUUUUGCGUGUUCGGGCGUUGUUGGUGAAGAUGUUGUACAAUUAUUGAAAGAUGGCAUCGCACGCCGUGGUGACGUGCAAAUCGAUGUGUGUGCCAUUUUAAACGACACAACCGGCACACUGAUGUCAUGUGCAUGGAAAAAUCAUAACUGUCGAAUUGGUUUGAUCGUUGGCACCGGCAGUAAUGCCUGUUACGUUGAAAAGGUUGAAAAUUGCGGCCUCUUCGAUGGUACUUCCAAAAAAGAUCAUGUCAUUGUUAACACCGAAUGGGGAGCGUUCGGUGACAAUGGUGCAUUGGACUUUGUACGAACACAAUACGACAGAGAAAUUGACGAGCACAGCAUAAAUCGAGGUCGACAAAUCCAAGAGAAAAUGAUUUCGGGCAUGUAUAUGGGCGAAUUGGUGCGACUGGCAUUGGUUCGAUUCACCAAAGAGGGCCUAUUGUUCAGUGGCCAAAGUACAGAAAUGUUAAAUACCCGAGGCCGUUUCUUCACAAAAUUCGUGUCCGAAAUUGAAAGCGACAAACCCGGCAGCUAUAUGUAUUGUCGCCAAGUGUUGGAAGAAUUGGGCUUGGAUCAUGCCACCGACGAAGAUUGUGAAAAUGUUCGCUAUAUUUGCCAGUGUGUUUCAACCCGGGCUGCUCACUUAGUGUCAGCCGGCAUUGCUGCAUUGAUCGAUCGAAUGGAUGAGAAAAGUGUUGUGGUUGGCAUCGAUGGUUCGGUGUAUCGUUUCCAUCCAAAAUUUCAUGAUCUAAUGACAGCGAAAAUUCGUGAGCUCAUUAAACCGGAUAUCAAAUUCGAACUUAUGCUAUCAGAAGAUGGUUCGGGACGUGGUGCUGCGCUGGUAGCAGCCGUUGCGUGUAGAGAGGAAGGCCGGUUGCAGUAAUACAAUUUAUACGCAUACUAUACUAUUAUAAUAAAUAAUUAUUAUUGUUUAAAUAAAUAGAAAAAGAAGAAAAAAAAAACAAACAAACAAAAAACCUAUUGUAGGAAAUUAAUUAUUGAUUUAUGAGACAGAGAGAUUUACAAAGUAACUUGAGAGAGAAAUGAAAUCAAUAAUCGAAAUAUAAAAAAAUAUUCAAAAAAAAAUGAACAAAAAAAUAUAACACAAAAUCAAUACGAAAACUUAGGAAAAAAUGAGAUAAACUUUGCGCGUAAAAUUCAUGCAAAAUACAAAAUCAUAUACAUAUAAUAUGUAGAGCAAUCAGUAAGGAAUGAGAAAAAAAUCAAUCAAUCUUGUUUUGAAAAGGCAAACACCACACUCAAAAAAAUCCUAUUAGUAUACACACAACAACAAAAGCAAAGCAAAGCAAAGCAAACAGAAACACACAAAGCAUAGAAAUGAAAAGAGAAUGAUGAAAAAAGAAAACAUCAAGUGAAAUGAUCAUGAAAAUGCAAGCUAAGAAUAAAUAUAUACAUAUAAUUAGGUCGCAGACUUGAAGUUCUAUUUGAAAAUGAUAGACGCAUGAAAUGAAACGCAAACUUCAAACUCAAUACACAUAUAGAAUUUCUGCAAAAACAACAAAUCGAAGAGAACACAUUUUCAACAACAAUAAACAAAGAUUUAAAUGAAAUAAUUAAAGAAAAAGAAUAAAAUGAAUUUAGACAUAUUUUACUAUAAUAUUAUUACAAUUUUUUUUUUGUUUUUAUAUAUAUAACAGAGAAAUAAAAAAAAAAACAAAGUAUGAAAGAAUGAAACUCUAAAUUAAACUAUAUUCAAUGUAUGUCAAAUUGUAAAACCUAAAUGAAAUUGUGCUUCGAAAUUAAAUAAAGUUGAGCAAUUUGUUGGAAUUAUUUUAAAAACAAAACCAAAA